GGACGCGCGGGGCCGGCGGGCCGCGUGCGGCGCGCAGGCACGAGCAUUCGUGACCAUGUGCGGCGCCGACGUUGUUGUCGGUGGGAGGGGAAGCACAUGUCUCGCAAAGUGAAAUCGCGCUCGUCGCGAGGAGGCUAGAGCCGCGUGGUAUUGUUGCCGAGGCCCCGCCUCCGACGGUAGCCUUAAACCUGGCACCCGGCUAAAACAAACCAAAGCCAGCGCCGAGCUCCCACUCAAUCCAAUUAAGGCGGACUUGAGGCGUUCUCCUACGUGUGCAUCUACCAGGAUCGACGUUGAGACAACAGGAACCGGAGGGGCUUUCGCCAACGAGAAAAAAAAAAAAGAAGAAGAAGAAGAAGAAAAAAAAGAGAAGAGAAGGAGAGAUUGCCUUGCCUUCUAAUUUCUCGCUCUCCAGCCUCAGAACAAUGUCGAUGAGCCCUAAGCAUUCGACUCCUUUUUCAGUUUCCGAUAUCUUGAGUCCCCUUGAGGAGAGCUAUAAGAAAGUAAGUAUGGAGAAUAACAACUUGGGGGCACCUCUCACUUCUUACCGGCAGCCGCAGGUCUCUCAGGCGGCGAUGCAGCAGCACCACAUGGGCCAUAAUGGGACUGUGUCUGCGGCUUACCACAUGACCGCGGCAGGUGUUUCUCAGCUGUCACACACGGCCAUGGGGGGCUAUUGUAACGGCAACCUGGGCAACAUGGGCGACCUGCCGUCGUACCAGGACGGCAUGAGGGGCAGCACCACCGCCACCGGCUGGUACGGAGCCAACCCGGACCCGCGCUUCUCCACCAUUUCUCGCUUCAUGGGCUCGCCAUCGGGCAUGAACAUGGGCAGCAUGGGCAGCCUCAGCUCCCUGGCGGACGUGGGUAAAGGCAUGGGCUCGCUGUCCAGCACCCCGAGGAGAAAAAGACGGGUGCUGUUCUCCCAGGCGCAGGUCUACGAGCUGGAGCGCCGCUUCAAGCAGCAGAAGUACCUCUCGGCGCCAGAGAGGGAACACCUGGCAAGUAUGAUCCACCUCACCCCGACCCAGGUGAAAAUCUGGUUUCAGAAUCACCGGUACAAGAUGAAGAGGCAGGCCAAAGACAAAGUGUCCCAGCAGCAGAUGCAGCAGGACGGCGGCUCCUGUCAGCAGCAGCAAUCCCCGCGGAGGGUGGCCGUGCCGGUGCUGGUGAAGGACGGCAAGCCGUGUCAAGGCAGCGGCCACCACACGCCCACCUCCUCCUCCGCGCAGAACCUUCACCAGCAAGGGGGGAAUGUCAUGAUCAUGUCCAACAACGCGUCCGGGCUCGUCGGGCAGCACCAGAGCCAGCAGGUGGGAAGCACGGGUCACUCGCCGGACAUGGCGCCGCACUCCUCCAGUCCGCCGUCCCUGCAGAGCCAAGUGGCCGGCCUCUCUCACCUCAACUCCCCCGGCGCAGAGUACGGCUCGGCGCUGCAGUGUUCGGCGCUGUUGUACGGGAGGACGUGGUGACAAGAGGCGCCGGCUGUUCAAACCGAUUCUUAUAUUUAAAGAAAGAAAAAAAACACAAGACAUCUUUUUACUCUAAGUGUGCGCAUCCGAACAAGAGCCGAGUGAAAUCGGCGCAGCUUUUCUUGAAUUUUCCCCUUUUGGAAGGAAGUGUGACUUCGACGGAAGGAAGCGAGCGGAAAACACUUUUCACCAGAAACUGCGGAAGUCUUGGGAUUUAUUUAUGUAAAUUAUAUUGAGACAAAAGAUGAAUCAUCAGUUAUAGAGGCCGCAGAAAUUUUGGAGAAGUGAACCUGAACUGGGAAACUGUGCACACGGGUGCUGUUAUAUUCCCCUCCACAAACACACAUGACUCUGAUUUAUAUAGAAUUUAAUGUAAGCCGUAGAUUUAGCUUGUAUAUUUCUGUAAGAGGUUUGAAUUUUAGCUUAUCUGUUGUAAAAAGUUUUUGACGCUGUUGACGGUUUGUUGUCGUUCUAUUGGUAUUUGUACGUUUAAUUUCUUUGUAACUUAUAUAGAUAUUUGACUUACAACAAAACAGUCCUAUUAAUAAAUUAUGGAAACAAGAUAGUUAAUCUUUUUUUUGUGAAAUAUGUCAUUAUUUACCGGGUCUAAAAUGGCAAAAAUAUUCUUAUUGGAAAAAUGUGAGAAGAGCAAAACACAGUGCGGUAUUAUUAUUAUCGUUAUUAUUAUUAUUAUUAUUAUUAUUAAUAUUAUUAUUAUUAUUAUAGUUUCUAGUUUUCUACCAUGAGAGUUUUGGCAUUUAUAAAGAAAACGAAUUAUUGUUGGGCUUGAUGCGAGGAAAAUAUAACCAGACAUAAAAUAUGUUUUGUCGAACUUGCAGGACUAAAUACAAUAUCAACACCCGGGCUCUUAAUCUGACAUGACAUUAAAUUCCCCAGCCUAUUUUUCUGUUUUAUAUUUUCCGUCCAGGCUUAUCUUCACAGGCUGAAGCUCACACAAGCGUGCCCCGCAGAGUAAACGGACCCUUUAUGAGCUUUUUCUUUUCUCUUUCUCUGUGUUUGACUGUGUGAGUCAGAAAGGUGAGGUCUUUUCGCCUCCCGACAUCAAACGCGAUUGCUGCUCAAAGAAAAGCUUAUCGAUGAAAUCCCUGACUAAACAGCGCGGUGUUCUUCUCAAAUAGCUCGCGAGGCCGAACUGUCGGCGCGGGAGGUGUAUCAGCUGGUUUGUCAAUAAUCAAUCAGGGGUAUUGAAAGGAAACGGCAAAAGCCUGUUUGUGUCCGGUGUCAAUAACAGACCAUCCCAAAUAUUUCUUUAAAGAUUAGACUGUAUUUUGGGGGGGUUGUGCUUUUUCAAACUGACGCGAUAAUAGAAAAUACGACCAGUCUCUUUUCUCCUAAAUUGUAGGCUCUGUAAAUAAAAGCUAUAAUAACCAUUAGGGGCCAUUCUCCCGCCACCUAAUAGCGCUAUAGGUAUUAACAGUAAACAGCGUGGUUGCUAAGCGACGGAAGUAACGGGGGUUGAUUUUCGAUUACGGCUGAAAAUAAGUUGCUGUCAAUUUGGUGUUGUCACGGGUCCUAUAUCAUUUCACAUAGUUUUGGUCUGAAUAAGAUGCAAUCCACCCUGAAUGGAUUUAUAUUUAUUGACCUUUUUGUCAUUUUUUAGGUCAAACUAUGUUUGUCUGGAUAAAAAUAAAAAAAAACCUCUAUACUGCAUUUUAAGUGCGUUUUAAAGCGUAAACUAAAAAUAGACCUACAAUUAUUUCUAGGUGGUUCUUGGUCGUUUUGAAAUAAAUCAGACUUUUUUUCCGAAAGCGCUUGAGCUACUCGCAGGCGAUGUGGCCAUUUCGAACCUGCAUCCUUUUAUAAUUUCAGAUUGCACCAAAAAUGAAUUAGUUGUUUUGUACGUUUUUAAUUCUAAUAUAGAAUAAGAACGGACACAGCUCUCAAUCAACUGUAUCAGCUUUGUCCUUUCAUUUCCACGAAAAAACAGUUUACCACAAGUUGGUCGGGCUAAAAAAGUUGAUGGUGCAUGUUUUCCAAAGGUCUUGACUCCAUGUGUCUCUUCUAAUACCUGCCUUUUACAUGGAGGCGUGAUUUAUAUAUGUGAGCUCAUUCUGUUUUUUUAUUUUCAUCCAUAACAUAAGACACUAUACUGUAAAUAUACAUGAAAUAUACUGCACAUCUGAUUAUCAUUAUUUUGAUGUUAUAUAUGUAUAACUCUUUUGAAGAAAUCGUUAAAAAAA